AUGGCUGUUCCCAUCUGGCAACGCAAGCGCGAUCUGGUAUACCUGAUCUUCUUUCUCACCCACAUCCCCAUCAUGUUUUGUGUCGACCUUACACCGCUGUAUCCAGUGGCUUUGAAGCCUGCUUUCAUGACCGAUCUGAGAAAGUGGUACAUCACCACUUACAGAGACCAAUUCUUCUCUUCUCCUCCUACCUGGUUUGAUACAUACAUAUGGCUUGAGGCUCUCUACCACGUUCCAUUGAGCUUCUGGGCUGUACCUGCUCUUCUUCGCGAUGAUCCAAAGGUGCCACUACAUCUGCUGGUCUUCGCUCUUGAGGCCGGACUCACCACAUUGACAUGCAUUACCGACUACUUGUCUUGGAGUGGAUACUCGAACAACGAGAAAAUCGAGCUUGGAAAGCUAUACGUACCCUACCUCGCGCUUGCUGUCUUCAUGGGCCUGGACAUGUUCCAACGCUUAAGCCAGGGCAUCUCCAGAUCAAUCAAGACAAUCAAGGGCGACAAGUCUCAAUAG